UUUUCAGCAAACUAUCCUUCGAACGAAGCUGUGGGGGAGAGAGAACCAAAUGGAAAAUCAUUAACAAAAACUUGGUGACAAAAAACAAAAGCCAAGAAGAAAAAAACAACCAAAAAAAAAAGAGAAGUAGGAGAUGUGAGAGAGAGGGAGUGUGUGUGUGAGAGAGAUAGAGAGCACGUCGAUGAUCACCUUCAGUGUUGGGGGAAGGGGGAACGGGGAUAUGUUGGUUAAAAUUUCAUGAUUGGCUCUAGUUAAUCGUCGAGCCUUUUGUAUAUAUACCUCGUCGUUCUGUCUCCCGUUCUGUCUCGAUUCGGACAAAAGAACGGAAGGGGACCCGCGCCCGAAGGCCAUUUCCCAAUGGAUUGAGGAGGGAUCUGCCCACUUCCCGCCUUCAUUUGAGAACUUGCUUCAAAUGCUUUUCCAUCUGUUGAGACACCAAUGGACAAAUAUCCGGCAUCUUAAGCAAAUCCACGCCCAACUCAUUGUCACAUCCCUCAUCACCGACGCCGAUGCCAUCGCCGGCAUUCUUCGAUUCUUCGCCGAGAAGCCGAAUCCAUCAAAUCUUGAUUAUGCUCUCGCCGUCUUCGACUGCAUUGAAUCGCCCACAACUUUUGCCUGGAAUACUAUGAUCAGGACCUAUACUCGGUGCUUCACUGCCCCUUCUGCGUUCCGUUUCUUCAUUCGCAUGCGACGUUCAUUGGUUCCUCCUGAUGCCCACACCUUCCCGUUCGUCCUCAAAGCUUGCGUGCUUCUCCAGUCGAUCCAUCCCGGUCUGUCUGUUCAUUCUCAGAGCAUUAAGUUCGGGUUCGAUUUUGAUAUUUUUGUUCACAAUAAUCUUCUCUGCAUGUACUGCAAUUUUGGUCGUCUAACAGACGCAGAGCAAUUGUUUGGGGAAGUACCACGUCGGGACAUUGUUACUUGCAACACCAUGAUUGACGGGUAUGUUAAAUCUGGGGAGAUCGACUGUGCACGCCAAUUGUUUGAUGACAUGCCGACGAGAGAUGUCUUUUCAUGGGGUACAAUUUUGGCGGGCUAUGCUCAGAACAACCGAUUUGGAGAAGUAUUGACAUUGUUCGGUCUGAUGGUUGCCGGGGGAGUAAAACCAGAUAAUGUAGCGAUGGUGAUUGUUCUGUCCGGGUGUGGGCAAUUGGAGGCUUUUAAGCAAGGCCGUUCUGUCCAUUCAUACAUACAGCGGCGGAAUAUAAGAUUGGAUGUGUUCUUGUAUACUGGGCUGAUCGACAUGUAUGCAAAAUGUGGUUGUAUAGAUAAUGCAUUUCGUCUGUUUCUCGAGAGCCGUGAGAAGAACUUGGUCACCUGGAAUUCCAUGAUAAUGGGUAUGGCAAUGCACGGCCAUGCAAUGCAGGCACUGAACCUGUUUGAUGAUAUGCAAAGGGCUGAAAUCCAGCCUGAUAGCAUCACUUUUCUUGGUGUUCUAGUGGCUUGCAGUCAUGCCGGUUUGGUUGGUUUGGCUUGGAAAUACUUUGCCUCCAUGGACACUGUAUAUAAGGUUGUUCCAGAGUUGAAGCAUUAUGGGUGCAUGGCUGAUCUAUUAGGCCGUGCAGGUCUGCUUAGGGAAGCAUUAGAAAUGAUCGGAACGAUGCCCAUGAAGCCUGACGUCUUUGUAUGGGGAGGUUUGCUUGGUGGAUGCAGAAUUCAUGGUAAUGUUGAAAUUGCCGAGAAUGCUGUGAAGCAUCUCCUGGAAUUGGAUCCAGAAGAUGGUGGGAUAUAUUCAAUCAUGGCAAACAUUUAUGCUGCAGCACACAGGUGGGAAGAUGUUGCUAGUUUAAGGAAAAUGAUGAAUAUUAGUGGGGUAAGAAAAGUUCCAGGGUGCAGCUUCGUUGAAGUGAAUGGUUUUAUGCAUGAGUUUAUUGCGGCCGAUAAGUUGCAUCCUCAAAUAGAUGAGACCUAUCGGCUUUUAGAUGGGAUCAAAAAUCACUUGAAGAUAAACUUGUUGAAUGAUUUCUCUGGUGAUAUUGACAUGGAGAAUGAAAUUUAGGAAUCAUGCAUUUGGUGCUAUUUCCUCCAAAAGUGGAUUGUCGUGAAACAUAUUUGUAAAUUCAUGACUUCAUAUCUGGGGUCUGGGGGGACUGCGCUGUAGAAUCAACGACAUGGGAUUACAGAACAUGUGCACGAAUACUCCUGAAAAUCGCAAAAAAGAACAGCAAAAUUUACUAGUUUAUGGCCAUACUUGUUGAAUUUAAGCUCAAUUUACCUGCAGAACUUGACUGGACU